AUGUGGUUUGAUAGCAGUUCCAUAGCUAAUCUUGCGAAGAGCGCUUUAAAAGAAGCACAAAAGCAUAUAGAUAAUGUUCUGGACAUUAAAGAUGAGGAUAUGUCAGAGACUAAUAAUGAAGAAUCAAGACUUACCAAGAGUAAAACAUUGCCGUCUAUUCAGCAAGAAGCCAAAAAAGAAGAAACUAUUUCUGUCUGGGGAAGUUUUAAUGGAAGUUUCUUCGAAAAUAAGCCGUCGCAUCCAGCAAUAAUCACAAAUCCACCUCCGAGAAAAAGCGAAACAAGCUCUGAAUCCUUGGAAAUAAUUAGCAAGUCUCCAUCGUCGUCAGCAUCUUUGCAAGAUAUAAGCUCGUCUCAAUCGACACUUCAAGGUUCUGUCGAUGAUUCUGUAGAAGUAAUUAAUAAAACGUCUAGCAAUUUAGAUAUUUCGUCUCCAAUUCAAGCUGAUUUAUUAUCGCCAAUUGAUUUAUAUACAGACAGCAGUAAUAGUGCAUUAAUGACACCUCAAGAUGAUGAUAUUCCUAUAACAUUGCCACCAACUCGAUCUAAUAAUUCAUUAGAAAUUGAAACUUCAACUACAAUUAUUUCAACAUCUACUUUAACUAAUUCUGAAUGUGGAAGUAGCUUUUGUGAUCCAAGUAAUGAUGAAUUGGAUCAAACACUGAGAGCAAUAAAUAGUUCUAAUAUAAUGGAAAAGUCGAUGGAGAGCUUCGAAAUUCAAACACAAAUUUCUGAUUCAACGCACAGUUUUGAAGAAAUAAAUCCCAGUAAAGUCAAGAAUAUUCCAUCAAAUCAAGCAGGCAAGUCUGAAUGUAAAACUGGAUCUGGACAUACUUCAUCAGGCGAUGAGCUUGAAACGGCAACAUCAUCGGAUAUAGAAAUUAUUAGUUCACCAAAAGACGAUUCAAGCAGCACAGCAAGUUGCACUAAAGCACUUAGUCCAAGUAAAAAAGACAGCUCGUUUCCUUACCAAAAUUCCGAGUCAUAUUUAGCAAAUUUAAAGCUUGACCAUAAAGGACAUAGUCGUGAAUUAUCUGAAGUAUCAGUAUUAAGUCUUGCCAGUGAUGAAUGUGGAAGUCCAUCAGAUACAGAGAAGCUUUUGAAGCGAAUUAGUGAAUUAAAUGAGAAUCUUGAACAGCGUGAAGUUCAAUUGGUUCAAAUGGGACGUAGCAAUGCUGAAUUGACAGACGUGAAUGUUAAAUUGAGUCAGGAACUUGAUGCUAUUAAAAGAGGACGUAAUAGUUUGGAUAUGACAAAUUUACAAGAAGAAUAUACGCAAAGAUUGUCAGCUUUAGAAAAGAAGUUCCAACAAUCAAUUCGUGAUAAUUCAAUGCUUAAGAAACAACUUGAAACAAUGAAGGCUGAAAUGGAAAGUAAAGUCAGUGUGCAUGAAUAUGAUAAAAUGGCAACAGAAAAGGACUCAAUUAUUGAGACAUUAAAGAAUGAAGGUGAAAAAUUGUCAAAACAAAUUCUGCAGCAUUCCAAUGCAAUUAAGAAGUUAAAAGCUAAGCUGAAGGAAAAUGAUGAAUUAAUUAAGAGACAAGACAGUCAAAUUACGGAAAUGACUGAUGAAAACCAAAAAUUAAAGAAAAAUCUGACAACAAAAGAUGAAAUUGAAAAAUCACAAACUGAUGGCAUUAACAAGUUGACGACUGAUAAAAGAAAAUUUGAGAAAGAAAGUCAGCAGCUUAAAAGUCAAAAUGAGGAUUUACAGCAAAAAUUAUUGGCACUACAGACAUCUCAUGAUGCAUUAAAGAAAGAAUUGAGUGAAAAGAGUGUCGAAAUGGGCAGAAAUCUAGAAGAUGAGAAAGAAAAGGCAUUAAAUGAGAGUAAAUUAUUGAGAAAAGAGCUAACGGAAUUAAGAGAAAUUAAUAGGAUCAAUGAAAGUUCAGCAACAAGUCGUGAACAAAAAUUAAGACAAGAAAAUUUGGAACUGAAAAGAAAAUUGGAAGAAACAGAAUUCAGAAUAGAAGAUCAGAAGCAAGAAGCAUCUUUAGCUUCGAUUCCGCUGAUUAGACAACUCGAAUCACUUCAAAGUACUUUAAAUUCACGUACAGCAUCAUGGGAAAAUCAAGAACGACUGCUUCUAGAGAAGCUAGAAAUAGCACAAAAUAAAUUAUCAUCACAAUCGGAUGUUGAGAAGGUGGCUAAAGAUCAAGUCAUGCAUUUAAACAUUAAAAUAUCCAAUUUGGAAGAGAAAUUGUCAUCGACUAGCCUAAAAUUAGAGCAAACUUUAAGUCAGUUACAGCAGAAAGAAAUUGAAUAUAAUCUCCAUGAAAAUGAUUUUAAAUUAAAGAUUGAACAGUUAUUAGCAGAAGUUUCAACCAAAUCGACAGAUACUGAAAAGUUUAAAAACCUCGUCUCACAGCUGGAAGAAAAAUUGAGGUCUGAAAGAACUGAAUUUGAGGACGAAAAGCGUAAGCUUUUAUUUAUUCAGCAACAAAAUCAUCAUCAUCCACAUGCUGAACGACAUGAUUCAAAUGAUUUAGAAAAUGAUUCGCCAGUUUUAAGUUUAGGAAGUGUUGAGUCUUUACAUUCACAUCCAUGGAAUAUUGAUGAUCAUGAUGUCGGUGCCAAUUCUAAUUAUAGCAGUCAGUACGGUGGAGUUGUUAACUCUUCAGCAUCUCUUAUGGAAGGAUUACAAUCAAUUUUAAAACAGAGGGAUGGUGAAGUACAGCAAUUACAAUGGGAAAUACAUAGACUUCAAACUGAAAGGAAUUUCCUUUCAAAUGAAAUUUCUAAUUUAACAUCUGAGUUUGAAAAGGCCACUGAGCAAUUAAAAGAGCACUCAGAGAAGCAAGUGAAGCAAGAGCAAGAUCAAGUGCAGUAUAAUGCACUGUUGGAAAUGUAUGGACAAAAGGCUGAGGAGUACGAAGAGUUGAAGAUGGAUUUAGUUGAUCUAAAAUCAAUUUCACAAAUGUAUAAGAAACAAAUAGACGAAUUGACGCAGAAACUCAAUGAUAUCGAGAAGAAGCCUAAUAAAACAUAA